ACACAAUUAGUGAUUAGUACAUCGUCACGGAGGGAAUACGCACUGCUUUGUCGCGCUUGCGCCGUCGUUCUGGCUCCACAUCCACAAGUCCUUCACGUCAUCGUCCCACUACUCACGAUAACGAAUGUUGCACAAAUGUUCCUUCAAAUCCAACAGCUUUUGAUGCUGAUGAAUACACCGAUUAUAAUCCAACUGCCCUUAUUGAUACGGUCUUUCACAAUUACCAUCAAUCAACACCACCAACACAAACACCAAAUACCACAACUCCAACAAAAUCUGGUCGAAAAUCACCCGUAAUUCCAAAUAAAAAUAUGACUAUUAUCGUUUAUCCUUGCAAUCCUGAUAUAAAUAUUAAUAAUAAAAAAUCUUCUAACAGCACUUCCAUUGUCCAACAACAACAUAACACUACUAUAACUACGACCAUCGCACAACCACAACAAAAUUUACAAAAAAGUGCACUAAUUCAACAUAAUAUUACAACAAUUGAUUCCACAAAGAAUCAAAAUCGUUAUAAUAAUAAAAACUACUCAUCUACGUCACCAACAAUUAUAAGUACGAAACGUAAAUCAUCAAUUAUUGAAAAUCGUAAAUCAUCACCAACGCCUCCUUUAACACCAACUGUCGAUAAUAAAGAUAUCAUAAUGACCAAAUCACCAUUAGGUAGUCAAAUUGAUAUAACAAGUAAUUUAGAGAAAAAACCACAAUUAGAUCCAAAUGGUUCUCGAAAAGUGACCAAAACUGAACCGGUAGUGAUUCAUCAUGGAAGCACUACCGGUGGAGGUGGUGGUGGAGGAGGAGCAGUUGGUAAUUUUUUUAAGAAUCAUUUACGUAAUCCAAGCCCAUCAAAGAAUCGUCAUCAAUCACCAAAUCAACAAACCUCACCAAAAUCCACAAAAAAAUCCGAUCAAAAUAAUAUUUCACCAACGUCCACAUUAACGCAACAACAGAAAAAAGCACAUGAACAACGUCAUGGCAGUUUUUCAUCACCAUUUAAAAUGCCUAAAUUUUCAUCAAAUUCAUCAUCAUCGUCAAAACAAAAUGAACAUCAUCAACAACAAAAUGAUAGACGAUUAUCAAAACAAAGUGAUAUUGAACCGAUUAAUAAACCAGAUACAAAUUUAAUUAGUACCGCAACAUCAGCAUUACGUCGAUUACAUUUUAAAUCGGGACGUAAUGCUGCUAAAGCAGCUCAAGCACAACGUGCAACGGUCGCUUUAUCAAAUGGUACCGGUCAACCACCGAGUGUUGUACCGAAGGUCAUUGUGAUGGGUUCAAGUUCAACAAGUGAAACAACCAUAAAUACCAGUACAGAUUCAGCGAAUACAAUUAUUACGACUAUGACGAACACUGAUGAAUAUUUAACCGAGGAUAGUUUAGAUAAACAAGGUGAUGAUUCCCUCGACAUGAUUGAUCGAUUACGAACUGAACAAUUGAUUGACAUUGAACCAACAAUAACAAUAACAGAUAGUCCAGAAAUAUCACCACCGCAUAAAACAUGUAAAAUUAUUGAUACAGAUGAUGUAACAACAUAUCAAUCAACAUCAGAAUCUACAUAUUUGUUUCAAGAUGACGAUGCACCAAUGACCAUUGGUGAUGUACCAAAAACAGCAUUUUACGAGAAAAAAUUUACAUUUGAAACACCAACAACACCACAAACCGUUACGAAAACACCAAAAUCACCAAAAUUAAUCGAACAUAAAAGUCAAAAAUCAAAAAAAACUUCGGCUUCAAUAUCAUCUUCAUCAUCUUCAACACAUCAUAGAAGUCAUAGUCGACGUCGACGACAAAGUAGUCCACGUAAUGAAAUGUCACGAUCAUCACAACAAAAUGGCGCUACAAAAAAAACUGAAAAUACACAAAAAUUACCUGAUUUACGUGUGGAUUAUUUUAGUAAUAGUAUUGAUGCUUCAGCAUCAACAAUUGUACAAUUAGACUCAAUACAAAAUGCAAAUCAUGCAUUAAUAAAUUCAUCAACACCGGAAAAAAUAUUAAAUUCGAAUAGUGUUUGUUUGAAUCAAUGUUUACGUGAAGUUGGUGCUCGAUUAGAAUGUGCUUUAACGCCAUGUAGUAGUGGUGCACUUGGGCACAAUAUAAAUGUAACAACAAAUCCAUUAGAUAGUUCAACGGUACAUCAACAUUCCAUGAAUUUAAAUCGUUCGAAUGGUUCUGUGGGUGUACCACAAGCCACCAUUGUGGUACAACAACCAUCGUUAAGUUUAGAUUCAUCGGGUACCACAAAUGUGUCAACGGUGUUAUUAAAAAAUGGUAUUGAAUUUAUAUCAAAUGUGAAUAUUGUUGGUAAAGGAAAUAAUUGCAAUGGAACUGUAAAUAAUGGUACAACAUCAUCUGGUAAUGUUACCACGAAUUGUAAUAAUAGUAGUAAAUCCACAAAACGUCAACAACGUGAAGAAAACAUGAAACAACUCUUAGAUGUUGCAAAUACAUUAACAUUAGAAGAAUUACAUGAUUUUGAAAUGAGAUAUGGAAGUCCACAUCAUAGUCGAUCACAGUCUGUUAAAACACCUGGCCGAUCUUCAGGUGGUCGACCCAAUUAUUUAUGUUUACCACAACAAAGAUCACGUGUUGCAUCAAUGCCAAAUACUGGUGUUGAAGAAGAAUAUUAUCGGUUACGACAUUUUAGUAUAACUGGUAAAGGUGUUGUGAAUCGGGGUGAUUCUUUGAAAAGUCGUCGAUCACGAAGUAAUAAUAGUGUGGCAAGCAGUAAUUCAAGUACAGAACAUUUACAAACACAACCGGGUCCAGCAUCUUAUCCAGGCUCUGCACGUACAUCAGUGUCAUCGCGUGAAUCAUCAAAUGCGUCACAAACUGGUGGUCUAUUAGUUACAUCUGGUCCAUCGACAAAUGCUGGUGUACAAUUGUACCGUGUAGCAAUGCUUGGAGCAUCCAGUGUGGGUAAAUCAAGUUUGGUUAGUCAAUUUAUGACAUCGGAAUAUUUACAUGCAUAUGAUACCAGUAUAGAUGAUGAUAGUGGUGAAAAAACAGUCAGUGUCCUGUUGGCUGGUGAAGAAUCUGAAUUAACAUUCAUCGAUUUACCCCAUGCUGAAAUGUCGCCAGACAAUGUGACGGGAACAUACAGUGCUGGUGAAGAACCACAAGCAUACUGUGUUGUGUAUAGUUGUGCCGAUCGUGGAAGUCUAGAAGUUGCCGAACGUGCAUUGGCUACAUUAUGGACAAGUGGUUUGGUUGCAUCAAAAGCGGUUAUACUUGUUGCAAACAAAGCUGACUUGGUUCGAUCGAGAGCUGUAACAACCGAUGAGGGAAAAGCAAUAGCAACACAAUACGAUUGUAAAUUUAUUGAAACAUCAGUUGGUAUCAAUCAUAAUGUGGAUGAACUACUUGUUGGUUUACUAACACAAAUCCGAUUGAAAUUAGAAAACCCCGAGAAAACGCGUGAUUUAUUUCGUAAACGCAGUUGUUCGAAAAAGAAUCGUAAUAAAUCACCAAAUCGUGUUGGUACUACAAUUACAUCAGCAUUAACCUCAUGCGGCGGUGGUUCAAAUCCAAAUGGUGAAGUUGAAGAUGUUACAAAGACAAUUGGUUACUGUUGGGGUACAGCAUCAUCAGCAAAUACAGAUAGUCCACAAAAUUCACCGAAAAAAUAUCGUGGUACACGUACAUCGGCUAGUUUAAAAGUUAAAGGUUUAUUGGGUAAGGUAUGGGCGCGUGAUUCUAAAUCGAAAUCAUGUGAAAAUUUGCAUGUAUUGUAA